AUGAGAGCAAAAACUGCAGUCAAUGACUUAUAUACACAUCCAGAAAGCCUGGAGCUUAGGGCCGGCACAUCACUAGAACCUGAUGGUAUCGAACACUGGUUGAAGGAUCUGAAAGGUGUUCCGUUCAUUUUCAAGGAUAAUCAUCACUGUCUCGCUUUCGUCGGGAAUCGAAUGACCCUGGAACGGUCAGUGCUGGUAGUCCAUGGCGCUCUGGAGGGUGAUUGCGAGGUCGAGAAACAGUUGGUAGAUGUCAAGAGUGGUGUCCGGCACCAACGUGUUGUCUACAGUGGUAUCAAAGAUAUGGAAGGCAUGGGAAAGGGUCACCUUGGGCUAUUUGUAUUGUCGUAG